AUGUCUACACCUACUUCUCCGCGUCGUCGCGCGCCUCCAAUUCCCUACGCGCCCACCCGAAACAUCCUCCUCUUCCUGGUCGCCUUCCGCCUGCUCAACGCCUUUACCACGCGGACGUUCUUCCAGCCGGAUGAAUACUUUCAAUCACUAGAGCCCGCCUGGCUGAUCGCAUUUGGUCCAGACCAGGGGGCCUGGUUGACGUGGGAAUGGCGAAAUCAACUGCGAUCCUCUCUACACCCACUCAUCUUCGCCGCUCUUUACAAAGCUGCGGAUUUCCUUUCUUUGAUGCUUCACGUCUCCCCCGCGACGCGCGCCGAACUUCUGCUUGCCGCUCCGAAGACAGCGCAGGCCGUUGUUGCGGCAAUCGGUGAUUUCUACACUUGGAAGCUCGCAGUUCGCGUCUACGGAAAUGAAUCUCGUGGUGCCUGGACAACGCUGGCCGCUACCGUCCUGAAUCCCUGGCAGUGGUUCUGCUCGACUAGGACCCUAUCGAAUUGCCUGGAAACAACAAUCACCGUGGUCGCAUUGGAACUAUGGCCAUGGCAAUGGUCGACGGCCUCUGCAGCCACCAACGGCCACGAUAAAAAUGCCGCCAGCCAAAAGAAGAGCACGGGCCAAGACCGAAGUGUUAUUUUUCGGCUGCAUCAAUGUCUACCACUGGCUGCACUCGCAUGUAUAUUGCGACCGACCAAUAUCCUGGUUUGGGCAACACUGGGUAGCAUCGCUUGGCUUCGGACCUCUUGGGCCCAACGGCGGAUCCUCCUGGGCGAAGUUAUAGUUUGCGGAUCGGCAAUGCUAGCUGUAUCUGCUGUUGCAGACCGCUUGUUCUAUGGAAUUUGGACGUUCCCGCCACUCAGGUUCCUAUACUUCAAUAUCGCCCAAUCACUGGCUGUCUUCUAUGGUAGUAAUAAUUUCCAUUACUAUGCCACAGAAGGCUACCCACUUCUGCUCACCACACUGUUGCCUUUUGCAGUUCUCGGACUAUACCGAACCUUGACAACCCGGAGCUCAUCGGUAGUCGAUAAUGUGCCGACUGCCAUCCGAGUGCAAUUGGCGACAGUGUGUCUUGUCAUGCCUUUUGUCCUCUCUCUGAUCUCACACAAGGAAGUGCGCUUUAUCUACCCAUUGUUACCAUCUCUACAUAUCUUGGCUGCGCCGCCUUUGGUGCAAUUCUUCUACCCUGCCAUUUACUCACGAGCAUACCCUCGUCAUACCCCUCGCAGGUUGAUUCUCAUCUUCCUCGUGUUUGUUAACCUAGUCAUUGCGCUGUACACCACUAUUCGCCACGCCUCAGGACCUCUAAGCGUCCUUUCCUAUCUCCGCCAACAACACGAAGCCCACGCAACCGCCCAGAGAGACCCAGAAUCUACAUCUGGAAUAUCAGCAGGCUUCCUAAUGCCCUGCCACAGCACCCCCUGGCGCUCCCAUCUAGUCUACCCAACAAUAAACGCCUGGGCCCUCUCCUGCGAGCCCCCAAUCGACCAAACCGAAUCUCAAAAAGCCAUCUACCGCGACGAAGCAGACCAAUUCUACGAUGACCCAAGUCAAUUCCUCCGCCAAAACAUGGCUGGCGGUCUCCGCCAUUUCCCCCACCGACCCAGCUACGCCUCAGCCGCGCAUUCUCUAUCAGGAACAGACCUAAAUCCAGCUCCGCAACACGAAUGGCCCGACUACCUCAUCUUCUUCGCCCAGCUUGAACCAACCCUCCACGGCCUCCUCCGCGGCUCCUCCUACGGCGAAUGCAAGCGCAUCUUCAACACGGACUGGCACGACGACUGGCGCCGUCGGGGCGACAUCGUAGUCUGGUGUCUCGACCCAACAGAGCAAGAUACAUGGCGGGCCGAAACCCAAGCGCGCGUCCAGCAAAGCCGCGAAAAGCAAUUCGAUCGCAUCAUGGAGUCGUUCAGGAAAGAAAUGCGCAGCCAGCAAAAGCGUGCUUGGACCUCUAAUAUUCCUUCUUGGCCUUCUUGGCCGUCGUCGCCUUCGACCUUUGCUUCGUGGCAGCGCUCUGCGCAGUCACUCUUCUCUCCUAGGACUUCGUCCGUUGCUUGGCCUUGGCGGCCGAAGUCUCGUUGGGAGACCUUUUUGGCGCGUUUCCGGUUGCCUGCGCGUAGGACUGGCUGGGUUCCGUCUUGGGGAGUGAAUUGGGUCCCAGAGUGGCCUUCUUGGUUACAAGGUAAAAAGAAGAGUCCUUUGGAUCGGGAUCUUUGGUCAUGA